UACUCCUAAAUUAUAGCUGCAGAUAAUAAUAGGUUUGCUGCGGUCUCCUCCCCCGUCCAUGACUCUGCCGAAUGGCAGUCAUCAGCGCUCCAACAUUUGCAUUGACUGACAUCUAAAAGGGGCGGAGUCCGGAGCGAUGACACGUCAGAAAGCAACAGUCACGUCUCUCUUAGGUGUGAAGAGAGAGCGACGCAGUUCCUCAGCCUCGUUCUCCUAAAAGCAUCUCCUCGUUGUGCUGAGGAGCGGACAGUCCACUAUUUAAUGCCGACGACAGUAAGCAUGAGAAUUUCAUUGUUAGUUUCUCUCAUCAGGCCGACCGGGCCGAUUAUUGUGGGCAUCUCUCUGGGGUUCACGCUGAGCCUUCUGAGCGUCACCUGGGUGGAUGAGUCCUGCGACUCUGACUGGAUGGGACCCGCCGAAGAGAUGCUCAUAGGGCAGACUGGGAGCUCGAAAGGGGCCCGUAAACCUAGUUCGAUAUCCUCUGGCACAACUGAGAACAACGGCAAUGUCGAAGAGGAUUUUGAGCCCAGAAUAGUGCCUUAUAACAAGCCUGCUCAGGAAGGUCCUCCCAAAAAAGUUUUCAGAUCCAAGUAUGCCAGCACAGAGCUUGGAAUUCGUGAACGUCUCUUUGUUUCAGUAUUUACCUCCAAAACCACCAUAAACACGUUAGCCGUGGCCAUCAACCGGACCCUCAACCACCACCUGGAUGGCCGGCUCAUCUUUUUUACAGGCACUCGCAGUCGUAAACUCCCUAAUGGAAUGUUUGUGGUCGUUCACGGUGACGAGCGUCCAGUCCCAAACAUGUACCAGUCUGUCCGAUAUCUUCUAGAGCAUCGCAUUGCUGAGUAUGAUUGGUUCUACCUUGUCCAGGAUGAUACCUAUACCCAGCCCGAAAGGCUGAAAACUUUAGUAAGCCACCUCAGCAUUGACCUUCAGCUUUACAUGGGCCACCCAGGAGAGUUCAUUGGAGGUGAAACCCAGGGAAGGUACUGCCACAGUGGACCAGGUUUUUUACUAUCCCGUGCACUACUUCUGAAGCUCCAGCCUUUCUUGGAGCAAUGCAGGACUGACAUCAUAAGCGUCAGACCUGAUGAGUGGCUCGGUCGCUGUAUCAUUGAGUAUGUAGGCAUGAAUUGUGUGGAGGAAUAUGAGGGGCUGAAUUAUAAUUAUUUUACAUUGGAAAGCCAAAUGGACCUUCCCAGAGUGGGGAAUGAUGAAUCCUGGAAUGCUCUCACUGUUCAUCCUGUGACCAGUGCAGAACUUAUGUAUCGUCUGCACAAACAUUUUACAGAAAUAGAACUGCAGAGGACCUAUAAGGAGAUUGAAAAACUGCAGUCUGAGAUAAAGAAUGUCAGUGAAGUAGCUGCGGACGGAAACAAGAGUGCUCUAUGGCCCAUUGGCAUCACACCUCCCUUUGAACCCAAAAGCCGCUUUGAGGUACUGCGUUGGGACUACUUUACCGAAGAUAACCUUUUCUCCUGUGUGGAUGGUGCCCCUAAAUGCCAGCUCAAUGGUGCUGAUCGCGAUGACGUGACUGAUGUCAUCAGGGUCGCUGUUGAAGAACUCAAUAAAAAAUACAACCCUUUCGUACGGUUGAGCUCUCCACGGCUAGUGAAUGGUUACAGGCGCUUGGACCAGACUCGAGGGAUGGAGUACACCUUGGACCUGCAGGUUCAGGCCACGACUGAGUCUGGUCACCAGAAAUCAAUCGCACGCCGUGUACACCUUGUGAGACCCCUCAGCCGGGUAGAGAUUAUCCCCAUGCCUUACGUCACCGAGGCUACACGAGUUCACGUCCUUUUGCCCCUCACUACUUAUGAGGCCCAUGUAGCACUGCACUUUUUAGAUCACAUUUCAUUCAAUUUGUUUGAGACUGGUGAGAAUGCAGUUCUUAUUUUCCUGUUCACUUAUGAACCCGCUGAGGCCCAAAAAGUGAGUACAAAUGAUGUCUUUUCAGAGGUCAAGGCUAAGAUCACCGCAGUUGAGCGCAGAUAUCCCAGCGUCAAGGUUUCUUGGAUCAGCUUAAAGACAGAAAAUCCUGGUGUCCUGCGGAUCCUGGACAUUGUUUCUAGGAAGCACCCGGUAGAAACCCUCUUCCUCCUGGUCACAGCUGACACAGUACUCAACUCGGAGUUCUUGAAUCGCUGCCGCAUGAACACCAUCAGUGGCUGGCAGGCUUUCUUUCCCAUCCAUUUCCAAGACUUUGACCCCAGUGUGGCUUAUCCAGACCAGGUUCCCCCUGCCUCACACGACCUGGUCCGGGAAGCGGGCCACUUUGACCGCUACACCUUCGGUGAGGCGUGUUUCUACAACUCUGACUACAUUUCCUCACGCACACGAAUGUCCGGGGAUUUGCAGGAGAGUGAAGAUCUGCUGGAGAGCCUGGAUCUUUAUGACAUGUUUGUGCAGUACUCGGGACUGCACGUGUUCCGUGCCGUCGAGCCUGCUUUGCGCCAGGCUUUCCGCAACCAAACCUGCGAUCCUCGGCUAAGUGAGGACAUGUUCCACCGCUGUCUCCAGAGCUCUCUGGAGGGCCAGGGGUCACGUUCCCAGCUCGCCAUGCUAAUAUUUGAACAAGAGCAGGGAAACCGUACCUGAGGAGCUUCCAAAGAAGCAACAGUGGGGUAACUGUAGACUGGCUAACCGCUAGCAACACUCCUCCUUCUCCUAACAUCUGUCUCUAGUAAGAGCUGUUUGAUUAUCUUACUGAAUUCAAAGAGAAGUGUUCUGAAAGGAAUAUUUAACAAGAAAUAUUUCGAGACAUCUUUCUGUGAGUACUUGACUCGCAACUGUUAAUGCACUACAAAACAGCUAUACUGUUCUUUCACUGUGCUUUUCUGAACAAUUUUAGAAUUUUGUAUUGCAGCACGUCACAUGUUGCUGCCUGGUUAGGAUGGAUUGUUUUUAAUGUUGCAUUCCUUAUUUGUAAAUGUUUUUACCUUACAGACUUGUGUAGUUUAACCCAAUGUGUACUUUAGUUUUGACACAAAUGCUAGCAUAUGCGUACAGCCAAACUCAUAGUCUGGGUCCAAAAUCGCAUACUCUCUGAGUAAGUACUUAUUUUGAGUAGUAACUGCAACCGCUAAAAGUAUGUUCUAUAUAGUACGUGUGUAGUAUGAAUGUAAUCCGGAGGUAGUACAUUCGCCAAGUUGCCACUGUCAUGUGUCCUACCAGCGUCAAUUGCGUCACUUCACUGCCAUUCACAAAUCCUCUCCCAUGGCCUUGGGUAAUGCGUUUUUUGUAUCAUCUGGGUCAUCUGUGUACAUUUUGCCUACGCUUUUAUGAGUACUGUGAAUUCGGACAUACUACUCUUGUCACGUACCGUUUUUUGUCUACUCGUUGGGAAGUAUGAGAUUUCUGAUGCAGUUAUAGCCUUUUAAAGGUCCCGUUCUUCAUGCUUUUUGAAGCUUUGAUUGUGUUUACAGUGUGCAUAACCAACCCGAUCU